CGCUGAAUGAAAUCGCUGGGUUCAACUGGCGAAAUUGGGUGAUAACCUCUACAAGAGUCAAGGUCGAGUGAAGCAUGGGCGCUAAAGUGAGUUCGUUUGUUCCAGACGACGUUCGAAUGUUCUUUUUCGGGAGCCCGCUGAUGGACGUCACGGCCAACGUCGGCGACGAUGUCUUGGGGAAGUACCGCCUGGACCGGGACAACGCGUACGUCGUCGACGAGACCAACCGGGGGCUGUUCGACGAGGUUCGGGCCACGUCGGUGCAAGUCGGGGGCAGCGUCACCAACACGGCCAGGACGGUGUGCAGGCUGCGGGGAUCCCCGAGGAACGUGACGUACCUAGGAACCGUCGGCGACGACGAGUACGGCGAGAUGAUCAAAAAACAGCUGGGAAAAGAAGGCUUGAGCGGGGGGUUAAGACAGGUUGGGGGAAACACAGGAAAAGUGGCAGUGCUGCUUAUGGGGAAAGCGAGGACUCUGGUCACCGAUUUGGGGGUUUCCAGAAGUUUUUCGCUGGAUGAGGAAACAUGGAGGCGAAUUAGCGAUGGUCCGUCUCUGGUCUAUCUGUCUGGUUUUUUCAUCAGUGUCUCCCUAGACACAAUCACCAAACUCGCCACCACCAGCCAAACCGUAGCAUUCAAUCUUGGGGCGCCAUUUUUGAGCAAAAAAUUCCCCCAAGAAAUGACGCACCUCUACGAAAACGCCUCCAUAGUCUUCGGAAACGAGGCGGAACACCGCGCUUUUGCGCAAAUCCACAACAUAACCUCAAACCACGUCGUCGAAGUAGUGGCGGCAACCAAUCGACGUUUCGAUAACAAAUCACGUGUUGUUGUCGUCACUAGAGGGGGCGGGGCAGUUGUGGUGUUCCACGAUUCCGAUUGGCAGGUGUUUGAGGUUAAGAAAGUCGUCGAAGUUGUGGAUAGCAACGGCGCUGGGGACGCUUUCGCUGGGGGAUUUCUGGCACGCUACGUAGAGGGAGACAGUAUUGCCAACUGCGUCCGAAGCGGGGUUGAAGUGGCGGGGCGGGUCAUACAAAGGGUCGGUUUUAACCUCGAUUAAUCGCAAUUAAAACUCGUUAUUUUUUACCUAGUGAAUUUUAAUUUUAGCCAACCCAAUCGAGACGAAAAUCGACGUGUGGGUGUUAUUUUCGUGACCCCUGCCAUUAGAUCACCAGACGGGUUUUUUGACCCCGGCCAUGACAGUGACUUUGGUCGGAGUCCGACCUUCGACCCCUUCGUAUUUUUUCUUGCAAAAAAAAAACGUGAUUUAUCAGAGAUGCCAACAUAACAAACAAUUCUGUGUAGCGUGAUAUUCUUAAUUCGUUCCAAGUAUGUGUAUAUUAUACACGAAUCCGGAUUUGAUUUUUAAAUAGGAGUAGAUGAGUCACUCGCAUUUUCAAGACUGCUUUUCAGGAUGUGUGCUCGCGUAAGAAAAUUGGGUGGCACCACUGGACCAGGAUGUGGAUCAGUGACGCCGCGAAUUCCUGUCAAGGUUUUUUGCGAGGGCGCCACCUGAGAUUUACGAUCCGCAAACGCGUCCUUGAACCCCCACGUGACAUUUGGUUUUGUCCCGAAAUAGAAAACUCGGUUUGAUUAUCUCGAGCGACUAUAAAAAAUGCGAAAGUGAAAGUUCUAGAGCGAGUUAAUAAAUAAAAAUCGACCUUUAUUGAAUAUUUUAAUUGCUUAUGUUGGUUGAAAUGGUAGUGAAAGUGCUGCCAACCCCGCGGAGCUAACCAACGAACCCUCGGUGAAAGUGGUGCCAACGUAAAUUUGCGCUUUCGCUGUCACGUUGGCAGCUCUGGAUUUGGUUUUUUUCAGAGCCAGCUUCACUUUCUCUUGCAAAUGGAACACAGCGAGGCCGGUGUUGACCGAACAAACGGUUUUACGAGAUUUUGUGGACCGUUAGAUAGUACUUAAUUUGAGCUUGCACAUUUUCGUGGAAGCCGUCCGCCUGACGUCACGUAGCGCGAUAAUAAAGAUAAAGUAAAUAAGUUAUUAAAUUUUUUCGAGCGAAAAAAACGAACAAACACGGAUGUCGUGACGUCACCCGAAAAUUCUUGAAAAUCUCCUCGGUAGCAUUAAUUACAAGUGUUUUGUGUCACUCCGCCGCCGGCUGAUGGAUGAAACAAUAAAAACGGGAUACAAGAAAAAUCAAUCGCCGAUAAGCGUGUAACUGUGCCAUUGGGUCAACAGUACAUCGAACAUAAUUUUUUUGAAAUUUAUUAAGACAAAUUAGCCAACGAUGAAUAAUUCAUUCCAUUUUUUUAUUCUUGACGUAACUUCUUCCAUUGAACUUUUUAAAUUCCUCUCAAGGUUUUCGGCACGUGAUGAUACAUUUUAACAAUCCUCCGUCACGUGGUGUCACGUGACGUCGCAACAUCCGUCUCGAAAAACCCGCCAAGGCGAUUUUGUGAAGCUGCAUAAAGUGUCGUUUAAAUGCAAAUAAAUUUAAGAAGAGUCCGAUAAUUGCGUGAAGUUCCGGGUUUUAACGGCGAUGAUUGGUGCUAAUUUUAAAAUAAAACGAAAACAGCGUUUGUGUGCGUUAUCUGAUCAGGAAACGCGAUUUAUGCGCGAUUCAUGUAAACUUUUGAAUUUUUCGAAUUCGGGCUUUUUAAAAUUGCCGAUAAAUUUGCGAGGAACAGGUCGGGGAAUUUCUUGCUUCGGGUGAAGAAACACUUAAUGAAUGUCAGUUUUUUCUGCGACAGUUUUAUGUCUUGAUCACUCGUAAAUUUCGUGCGAUCGUUUGCGAAAUUUGACACUCGAUUUUUUUUUUUUUUUUUUGCUGGUGGGAAUUUUCCGUUGGCAACUGUACAUAAGGAAAUCGACGAGGUACCAUCGGUUUUAAUAUUAAUUUUUCUAAUUAAAAAUUAAUUAUCGGGUUUAUCUGCACAUUAACAUUAUGCUAAUUUAACGUCGCGUCGUGUCGUUUUAUUUUUAAUUGAUUGUUCAACAAGAAGCAGUAUUGCAUGAAAAAGUAUGCAAGCGAUUAAUUCAAUUAAUUUCAUGAUUAAUUCAAUCUGUCAGCGACUGUUUAAAAUAAAAAACACGGGAAGAUUUGUCAUGUAAUGAAGUGAAAAUGUAAACAAGCAAGUGGUUAUUAUUACAGUUACGUUGCUUCAUUUAAUUACACUGCGUGUAAAAAAGUGUUAAAACACUUUCAUUUGUUUUCAGUUUCAACAAUGUUUGCUUAUAUAAACGGCGAUUGUAAUAUUAUUAUACCCCUGUACCUGUUUGUUGAUUAAAUAGCCACCGAAGCGAGGGAAAGUGGACUCAAAAACGCAACUCGUGAAAAUGCUUGGUCAUAAAAUACACAGUUUAGGUUAGGAAAUCGCGUCAAGAUGGCUUCCUAAAUCAUUGACAAUGAUCUUGAAAUCAAGCAUUGAAAGCAGACACCAACGAACCACUUGUACGAGAAGAACAAUAAAAAUAACAAAAAAUGUAUCUAAAAUUAUGUAGACGGAACUUCCUUCGUCCCUGAAGUAUAAUAAAAAAAUCUUAGAAAAACA